AGCUUCCUCACAAAACGCAUGCAACAACAUUGAUUCAAUUAAGAAUCAAUCAAGCUUCUUCGUUCGAUCACACUAGAAAGAAAGAUGGCGACGUCUGGUGCGAUUUCAGGAGCUACUGUCUCUUCCUUCUUCACCAAAACUGCUUCUACUUCAAACCCAUCUCCUAAACUUCACUCCUCUGCUUCUCUGUUUUCACAGAAAACUGGGUUUCAGGGAGUUUCAUUGGAAGAUUCGAAGAAGAGUGUAUCAGAGAUCUUCGCUGUCUCCGAGAGAAAGAUUGGAGGGUUAAAUGGGUUGAGAAGAUUCGAAAUCAAAGCGAGAGCAGCAGCUUCUAAGACGAUAGAGGUUGAAGUAGACAAGCCUUUGGGUCUGACUCUAGGACAGAAGCCAGGCGGUGGAGUUGUCAUCACUGGUGUGGACGGAGGUGGGAACGCAGCAAAAGCAGGGCUUAAAUCUGGAGAUCAAGUUGUGUACACAAGCAGCUUCUUUGGAGAUGAGCUUUGGCCUGCAGAUAAGCUUGGCUUUACUAAAACUGCUAUUCAGGCCAAACCUGAUUCUGUCUACUUUGUUGUCAGCAGAGGUGCAGAAGUUGAUGUCAAGAAACUAAAUAAGCGUCCGGCUCCUCCACGGUUUGGAAGGAAGUUAACUGAGACUCAGAAGGCAAGAGCUACUCACAUUUGUCUUGAUUGUGGAUUCAUAUACACUUUAUCAAAACCUUUUGAUGAACAGCCGGAUACAUACGUAUGUCCUCAAUGUAUAGCACCAAAGAAGAGGUUUGCGAAGUAUGACGUGAACACAGGAAAGGCCAUUGGAGGAGGAUUGCCUCCGAUUGGUGUCAUUGUUGGCUUAUUGGCCGGUCUUGGAGCUGUCGGAGCUUUGCUUGUCUAUGGUCUUCAAUAGAUUUUCCAAAAACUUUUAUAAUCUCUAUAUAACAAGUCCUUAUUUGAGCUUUGUAAUUGUAAACCAAAAAUGAAUGUUGAUGACAUCA